GUUGUCUAGUAUGCGAGAUAAUUGUUUUUACGUUAUUAAGCCUUUUUUAAGUCCGUAAUACGUUUUGCUGUCGUACUGCUAUUGUUUUUUUUUUUGCAGUGACGGCAUCUCAUUUCAUGUUUCGAUAAUAGUCAUUUCAAUAUCUUUAUCUUUUAAUCUCUUGAAGAAUUCACAUUUGUAACUACGGAUAUUUCGAACAACGCGAACCAGAAGUAAACCGGGCCUCGUCAUGAUAAUUUCAAUAACACCUAACCAAAACCUCCAAUCAGUGACGUAACGACAUCAGUCGUCGCCGAAAUGCUGUAUCAUCUGUAACCUAGGUGACAAUUUUUCCCAAAACGCCAUCUCCACUUCCGUUUUUGUUCCUAUACCUUCCGUCAGUCCACUCUGAGCUGUCGGGUCUGUGCGCACGUGUCAAACAGCAGCUGUGCACGUCUCACGGGCACCUGGCUAUAACAGCGGCGGCCGCCGCCACUCAGCGAGUCAGAGCCAGAGUCGGAGUUCACGGAGUCGGAGUCACGGACUCUCACCGCUGACCAGUCACAGUCUGUCGACAUGCGUACUCUGGCAGUGCUUGCGGUCCUGGUCAGCCUGGCGGCGGCCAACACCAUUCAGGACUGUGGACUGACCCCGAACGCAGUGUUCCACGAUGCCAGCGUCACGCCCGACCCGGUCAUCGUGCCGGGCCCGAUGACGCUCAAGUUCCAGGGUGACCUGACCGCCGACUGGCCGGCCGAUAUGAUGAUUAUGGUGGAGGUUAUCAAGGAGGACCCAUUCGACAUCGAGGUGCCUUGCUUGAACGGCCUCGGCAGCUGUGAGGUCGACAUGUGCGCCUACAUCACCCAGUACCCGGAGGCGUUCUGCCCUCUGUUCCCGCCGGAGGUGCCGUGCUCGUGCAGCCUGCUGGCCGGACACUACCAGUCGGAUGGCUUCACGCUGACCCUCCCCGACCUCGGAGAGGGCAUCGACUCCGUCAUCGCCGGCGGUUACCAUGGCAACGUGACACUGUACUCCAAGUCUGCGCCGGAGACUCUGCUCGGCUGCGUCCGGUUUGACUUCCAGCUGGAGUACGUUCCGCCCAGCUAAUCUGAACACGAUGGCGAGGGAGGAGAGGGAAACGAAAUGCCUGUCAUGACAAAACUAUUUGUAAACCAGAUAUAAGGCAGAUAAAUAUAAAUAUCAUCAGUCGUUUGUGAUAUUGAUGUGAUGCGAAUUGCGUUCAUGCAAUUCGAUGAUGUGUGAGAACAUGAGUGAUGCGAGCCACGCUAAGAUCAUCGCCCAACAGGCCGACACAUAUACAUAUUCGUCGUAAGCUCACCUCUACUAUAACGUUGGUGUUAAAGGCACUCAGUGCGCGUCUGCAGUAAUAUUCCAGGGCCAGGCUAGCCGUGGAAAGCCAAGAGUAUUUGCGUCGCGAUUUUGCGUUGGUUUGACCAGUCUCGCAAUAAAUGUGUUUCAAAUGCCUUA